AUGCGCCAGCAGGUCGAGGACCAACGACAACGUCAUGCUGAGCAGCAACACUUCCUGAGCCUAAUUGAAGAACUCCAAGGACGACUCAACGCUGUGGGAGCUACCAACAACCCAGGGGCCACGACAACCGGACCCCCCGGAGUUGCCCCAGGAGUCGCCCCAGGAGCCGUGGGACAACCGGGACGGGUCAAGGUUCCGAAGCCCGACUUGUUCUAUGGGGAUCGUGCCAAGUUCGAUAAUUGGGCCCUUCAAGUCGACCUGUACCUCCGCUUUAACCCGGCUCCGACGGACGAAGACGCGGCCUUACUCGCCGCUAUGUACCUUCGAGGAAGAGCCGAGCAGUGGAUCAAG